AUGGCUGAGGGAGAAGAGGACUUCUCCUCCUUACCAUUGCCCGACCGGUUCGCGCACAAGAACUGGAAGGUUCGCAAGGAAGGAUACGAAGAUGCCAAACAACAAUUUGAAAAGACGCCAGACGAGUCGGAUCCAGUAUUCACUCCCUUCAUACAAGACCCCGGUCUCUGGAAAGGGGCGGUGGCAGAUUCCAAUGUGGCGGCUCAACAAGAAGGUCUUGGGGCCUAUUGUGCGUUUUUAAAGUUUGGUGGAGUACAGGCUUGUACAAGAACGCGCGCAACUACAAUUCUACCGAUCUGUGAAAAGGGUCUCAUAUCUACACGACCAGCCGCCAAGGCGAAUGCGAUCGAGGCCCUGCUUCUGUGUGUGGAGAUGGAUAAGGCGGAUCCGGUGAUCGAGGAGAUGAUGCCCGCAUUGUCACAUAAGAUGCCCAAGGUGAUUGCAGCCGCGCUGGCGGGGUUGAAGACGAUCUAUCACAACUUCGGGUGUAAGCUUGUGGAUCCUAAGCCGGUACUUAAAGCUUUGCCCAAGGUCUUCGGGCACGCAGACAAAAAUGUUCGGGCGGAAGCUCAAAACCUUACCGUGGAGCUCUAUAGGUGGCUGAAAGAAGCCAUCAAGCCCCUUUUCUGGGGCGAGCUAAAGCCUGUUCAACAGACUGACUUGGAGAAGUUAUUCGAAGCCGUGAAACAGGAACCGCCACCAAAGCAGGAGAGGCUCACCAAAGCGCAGCAGGAUGCUGCGGCUGUCGCCAGUGCUGCUCCUGCAGCAGGUGGCGAUGACGAGAUGGAAGGAAUCGAGGAAUAUGCAGAGGAUGAGGGCGAAGUCGACGUUUUCGAUCUUGCAGAACCUGUGGAUGUGGCGUCCAAGGUACCCGGCAACUUCACAGAGCAGCUUUCUUCGUCGAAGUGGAAGGACAGGAAGGAGGCUCUGGAUGAACUCUACACUGUACUAAACGUACCCAGAAUCAAGGAUGGGUCAUUUGAUGAGGUGGUACGGUUAUUGGCCAAGUCCAUGAAAGAUGCCAAUGUUGCAGUCGUGACUGUUGCCGCUAACUGUGUUGACCUACUUGCCAAAGGCCUGCGCAGCGGGUUCCUGAAGUAUCGACCCACUAUCAUGGCACCGAUGUUGGAACGCCUGAAAGAGAAGAAACAAAGCGUUGCAGAUGCCCUAGGCCAAGCACUCGACUCGGUCUUCGUCGCAACCAGUUUGACGGAAUGCCUGGAAGAGAUUCUGGAAUUCCUCAAACACAAGAACCCUCAAGUCAAGCAAGAAACCCUCAAGUUCCUGAUCCGCUGUCUUCGUACCACCAGGGACGUGCCAGCUAAACCAGAGAUCAAGUCGAUUGCAGAGGCGGCUACCAAGCUUCUAACUGAGUCUAGCGAGGUCAACCGUGCUGGAGGCGCAGAGGUUCUGGGUACUUUGAUGAAAAUCCUGGGAGAGCGGGCAAUGAAUCCUUAUCUUGAUGGUCUCGAUGAUAUCCGGAAAACGAAGAUCAAGGAGUUCUACGAGACGGCGGAGGUCAAGGCGAAGGACAGACCCAAGCCUAUCGUUGGCCCGCCAAAGACUACUUCUGCAGUUGGUAAGAAGGUCCUCGGUGGCAAGAAGCCAGCACUCGGAACGAAGAGGCUUGCAGCUGCACCAGCUCCUGUUGAGGAGCCAGCUCCAGCACCGUCCCCAUCUAAGCCCGCCACGAGAGCAAUCCCAUCUAAGUUGGGUGGCCUUGCAAAGCCCGGCAGCGUUCCUGCCCCUAGUGGCCUCAAGAAGAGGCUUGCUGGUCAGGCUGGCUUGGCAUCACCCCAAAGGCGUGUAAUAUCACCCCCUUCAGAGGAUCAGCCGCCGCCACCUGCCGCGCCUCGACUUGGUCUCGGAAGGGGUCUUGCUGGUCGCCCAAUCGCCCGGCCAGCGGCUCCGGCUGAGCCAGCCCCAGUCCCAGUCGCACCGCAAAUGAGUGGCAUGUCUGCCGCUGAACGUGCGGAACUGGAAGAGUUACGCCUGGAGAAAGAGCGAUUCACCCGCACUAUCGAUGACUUGAAAUAUGACCGGACUAAGCUGAACUCCCAGAUCACAGAACUUCAGAACCAAAACGCCCAGCUCAUCGAAGACCACACUAGGGAUGUUCUGAGCAUCAAAGCUAAAGAGACCCAAUUGGUACGAGCACGCAGUGACGCGGAGGCAGCAGAACAGACGGUCCAGAAGCAGCAACGCGAAAUCGAACGCUUGAAGCGCGAGCUAGCUAGAGCGCUGCGCGCCAGUGCCCUUAGCCCACCAAAUGCCCUCCCCGACAACAAUAUCAGUAUCUCGGAGCCAUCGUUGGUCUAUCAAGACUCGGGCCACAAUGGGUACAAUCCGAUGUCCCGAGCUGGACUCCACAUAGGAUCACGAUUUGAUACCUCCCGGCCGCGUAGCUAUGCUUCCACUAGCCCCAGCGAAGAGAAAGAGAACAACGGCCUGGACUCUCCAUCGCUGAGUACCAGAGAAGGAGCCCUCGGUCGACGGAAGCUCAGCCCUACGUUCAGCACCGGCUACUCUGGCUUAGGCAGCCCCACACGCUCAUCUGUACGGGGUUCUGGCAGUGCUUCGGGCGAGGACCAGCCUGCCAGGUCCACGGAACCAGCGGAGAACUGGAAAAGAGCUGCGGAAGUGACAAGUCAACUCAAAGCUAGAAUCGAACAGAUGAAGGCAAGGCAAGGCCUUACACGACCACCUGCUCAGCGCUAA